AUGACCGAAUCAAUGUUGUUUCGUCCCUAUCGAACAUUGAUCGAAUGCCCUUUUGACGGCUCAUCGAUCCUUCGUUCCGAGACUCCCCAAUUGGCUCGUACGUGGCCUCUUGGCGCUUUCUCUCAUUCAUCGAGAGCUUUGCCCGAAUCCCCGUGGAUUCUCAGUCCACAACCAUCGCCAUUAGUUGCCAGCGAGAAUGGUUUCAACGAUUCGGUGCAGGCGCCGGUUGCCGUGCAAAGAAGAAUAGGUAGUGGAAACGAGCAACCCGGUCAGCUCGGUCCACCAAGCGGUCGACAGGGUAUUUAUCAUCUCGACUCCGGCACAACAGCAUUCACAACAAGGAGUCUCAAGAGUCAAGAAGUG